AUGGCUGUGUAUCGUCCUGGCCUCGGUCGGGAGGCUCCUCGUGAUGCUCAGCAAAACGCUAUCGACAUCGUAGCUGGCCUCACACCAGCGGCCAACAGGAUUGGACUCAAACAGGUUUUCCAGAAAUACGGCGAUAUAACAGUGUGUUGGUUACCCCCCGUAGACAAGCGCAACGAGAUGGCUGCCUACAUUCGCUACGAGAAUUCUGACUGUGCUAAAGCUGCACUCGCCGCCUGCGACAGCGGGGAAGUGGUCCUGAAUGGUAUACCCCUGAAGGCUGAGUACCGCUCCCGUGGGGCUUCCAGUGCGAGUUCGGCCUAUGCAGCGAGGGAACGAGGUGGAUACAACAGGAGUGGAAAACGGAGGAGUUAUGGAGCGCUGUCGAGUCGCAAUACGGGUACAGCUCGUCAUCGUCCUCAUCCCGUUCCCGAUCACGGUCGUACUCGGGUGGUAGGAGGAGCCGCAGUUAUGACAGUCGUGAUGGAAGCCGCAGUCGCCGACACCGUGGUGGGGAUCGUAGGAGUAGAAGUCGAUCGAAUUCGAGAGACCGCAGUAGAAGGGAAGACAGGCGUUCGUCGGACUACUACAGAAGGCGUUCUGAUUCCCGUCAAGAUCGACGUUACUCGCCAUAUGAGCGUUAUGGCCGCAGUGGUGGAGGAGGAGCCCGAGAGAGUAGAGAUGGAGGAGACCGACGAUGAAAAGAUGAAGUAG